CUACUUGGGGAGGCACAUCAUGGUUCCUGAGAAAUGGGCCGCAGUAGUUUUUCUGCUGCACCUGUGCUGUGCUGGCUGUGGCUUCUGCGGCAAGGUCCUUGUGUGGCCCUCUGACAUGAGCCACUGGCUGAACGUAAAGACUAUUCUUGAGGCACUGGCAGCAAGAGGGCAUGAAGUGACAGUCCUGAAAUAUCCUGCUAUCCUUAUAGAUCAGAAUCAACAUUCUGCACUGCACUUUGAGAAUAUCCCUGUGCCUUAUGAAAAUGAGAUUCCUGAGCAUUAUCUAAAAGAGUUGGUAAAUCUAGCUGUGAAUGUCAUUCCAAACUUGUCCUUGUGGCAAGCAGCAAGAACACUGCAAGAUUUCCUUCUUCAGCUGACUGAAGUUUUUGAAGAUCUUUGCAGGAGUGUGCUGUACAACCAGACAGUCAUGAGCAAGCUCCGGGAUGCAAAAUAUGAUGUGAUGGUUAUAGACCCCAUCAUUCCCUGUGGAGAGCUCGUGGCAGACGUGCUUCAGAUUCCUUUUGUAAACACGCUGAGGUUCAGCAUGGGCUAUAGCAUGGAAAAAUACUGUGGCCAGCUUCCAGUUCCACUUUCUUAUGUGCCAGUCAUCAUGGGUGAACUAACAGACAGUAUGACCUUUCCAGAAAGGGUGAAAAAUAUGAUACUUUCACUGUUUUUUGAAUUUUGGAUCCAGCAUUAUGACCUUUCAUUUUGGGAUCAGUUUUACAGUGAAGCACUAGGAAAACCCACCACAUUAUGUAAGACGGUGGGUAAAGCUGAAAUUUGGCUCAUCCGAACAUAUUGGGAUUUUGAAUAUCCUCGUCCAUAUUUGCCAAAUUUUGAUUUUGUGGGAGGACUGCACUGCAAACCUGCCAAGCCAUUACCUAAGGAAAUAGAAGAAUUUGUCCAGAGCUCAGGGGAACACGGCGUUGUGGUGUUUUCUCUGGGGUCAAUGGUCAAAAACCUUACAGAAGAGAAGGCCAAUCUCAUUGCCUCAGCCCUUUCCCAGAUUCCUCAGAAGGUUUUGUGGAGAUACUCAGGCAAGAAACCAACCACUUUAGGAUCCAAUACUCGGCUUUUUAAUUGGAUUCCUCAGAACGAUCUUCUUGGACAUCCUAAAACCAAAGCUUUCAUCACUCAUGGUGGAACAAAUGGGAUCUACGAAGCCAUUUACCAUGGGAUCCCUAUGGUGGGAAUUCCCAUGUUCGCUGAUCAGCCCGACAACAUUGCUCACAUGAAGGCCAAGGGAGCAGCCUUGAAAAUGAACAUCAACACAAUGACAAGCUCUGAUUUACUCAGUGCCUUGAGAGCCGUCAUUAAUGAGCCUUCUUAUAAAGAAAAUGCCAUGAGAUUAUCAAGAAUCCACCAUGAUCAGCCAGUGAAGCCCCUGGACAGAGCUGUCUUCUGGAUUGAGUUUGUCAUGCGCCACAAAGGAGCCAAGCACCUUCGUGUGGCAGCGCAUGACCUCAGCUGGGUCCAGUACCACUCUCUGGAUGUGAUUGGAUUCUUGCUGGCCUGUGUUGUAACUCUGACAUUCAUUAUCACUAAGUGUUGUUUGUUUACUUAUCAGAAAUGUUGUGUGACAGAAAAGAAAAAAAAGACGAACAGAAAAAAAGAAAACUAGGUUAUUCAAGGUUUGAGAAAAUCCUGAGUGACCAUUACAUUAACUUUAACCAAAAGAAGUUCGCAGUCAAUUGCAUUAGUCCUAUUUUCAAAUAGCCUGUUCUUCUCUUUCAGACUAGAAAUAAAUAUAAAUAUUUAACAUGA